AUGGGCCCCGGCGGCCAGUGGCUGUGUGCGUGUGUGUGUGCCGUGGUGGUGCUGCUGGGAUCGAGCUGUGGCAUCAGACACUGCCUGGACGGGGUCAUGAUGAACGUGAUCCUGCUGAACGACACCGAGUCUCCCUGGAGCCUCAGAUAUGUGCAGGGACACAUCCUGAAGGCCAUCGACUCGGCCAACUCCAACAACGACAGGAAGUUUAACCUCACAGUCGACUUCAGAGGCUUCAAUCCGACUCUUUACCGGCGCAAAGGCUGCAGCAGCAGCACCUGUGAGGGAGUGGAGACCCUCAAAUAUCUGAGAAACACAGGGAAGCUGGGAUGCGCUCUGCUGGGACCGACCUGCACCUACGCUGCUUUCCAGAUGGUUGAUCUGGAGAAAGGUCUGAACCUCACCACGCCCAUCAUGUCGGCGGGAAGCUUCGGCCUCUCCUGCGACUACACGCUCAACCUGCAGCGCCUCCUGCCGCCGGCGCGCAAGAUCUCCGACUUCUUCACCAGCUUCUGGGAGGCCGAAAACAGCAUCAAACCCUCGUGGGAGACGGCCUACGUGUACAAGAAGCCGGUCCACAGCGAGGACUGCUUCUGGUAUAUAAAUGCGCUGGACGCCGGCUCAGCCCAGUUCUCCUCACAUGUUAAGAGGGCAAUUCUGCGCAGCUCAGAGGAGCUGAAAAGAGAGCUGAGGUCUCCACAAAACAGGACAAGCAACCUGUUCAUCAUAUGCGGCUCACCAGAGGACGUCGUGGAGGUGAAGAACGGCAGCAAGGAGGCGGACACCGGCGAAGUCCUUUUCAUCCUCAUCGACCUCUACAACGAUAAAUAUUACACCAACAAGUCGUCCAUCCCGUCCAUGAGGAACGUGCUGGUGCUGACGAUGCCCAACACCAGGAACUACACCGUCAACCCGGACCUCACAAGCAACAACACGAUGAAUGACUACAUGGCAGCUUACCAUGAUUCAGUGCUGCUGGUUGGAAAGGUGAUGAGCAGUAUCUUGGAAAAACCUAUGUCGGAAAUUCAGUAUAUCCAGUCCGUCAACGUGAAUUACUUCAGGAACAUCACCUUUGAUGGAAUCGCUGGAAAUUACAGGCUUGACGAACACGGAGACCGAGAUGUGAAUUUCUCCAUCAUUUACACCGAUAAGGAUGAUAAGUAUAAAACUUUAUUUACAUUCAACACCGAGGACAGGCAGACGACCGUGGUGACUCCAAACCCGUCCUUCAUCUGGGGAAGGAAACUUCCUGAGGACCAGCCAGACAACCUGAGCGAGGAAAACAUCAUCGUGAUCGUGCUGGGUGUCAUCGUGGUGGUGGUGGCCACCAUCGCCUUCAUCUUCUACAAACAGAGCAGGAGGGACCGCCGGAUCAGGAAGAGGUGGUCUCACAUCCCGUCGGAGCUCAUCAUGCUGCUGGAGCACAACGAGCACAACAUCGUCUCUCUCUCGAUUGAAGAUGAGAGGAAAGACAAGAGUUACAAGAUCCGGCGUGGACUGUAUGAUAAAAAGAUUGUGAUCCUGAAGGAGCUCAAAUAUUCAGAUGGAAACUUCAAUGAGAGGCAGAGGAUUGAGCUCAACUCGCUCCUGCAGAUCGACUAUUACAACCUCACCAAGUUUUAUGGAACAUCAAAGUUUGAGCAGGGGGUGUUUGGAGUGUUUGAGUAUGGAGAGCGAGGCUCGCUGAAGUUUGUGCUGAACGACAAGGUGUCCUACCCGGAGGAGACCUUCAUGGACUGGGAGUUCAAGAUCUCCGUCAUGUACGACAUCGCCAAGGGCAUGUCGUAUCUCCAUGCGAGCAACCUCCAGGUCCACGGUCGCCUCAAGUCCACCAACUGUGUGGUGGACAACCGCAUGGUGGUGAAGAUCACCGACUUCGGCUGCAACACCAUCCUCAACCCUGGCAAAGACCUGUGGACGGCUCCAGAGCACCUGAGGAAACAGGGCAUCUCUCAAAAAGGAGACGUCUACAGCUUCGCCAUCAUCGCUCAGGAGAUCAUCCUCAGGAGGGGCACCUUCUACAACACGUGCUGCUCCAACCGCGCAGAAAAGCUGUUGCGGGUGGAGUAUCCCAGCAGCACCUCCUACUUCAGACCGGACGUCAACUUUGACACGGCGUCAGAAAAGGAGCUAGAGGUGUACACGCUGAUCAAAAACUGCUGGGACGAGGAUCCAGAAAAAAGACUGGACUUCAAGAAGGUGGAAAACACUCUGGGCAAAAUAUUCAGUAACGUUCACAGCCAGGGCAACGUCAGCUACAUGGACAACCUGAUCAGACGCCUGCAGAUGUACUCCAAAAACCUGGAGCACCUGGUGGAGGAGAGGACGGCGCUCUACAAAGCUGAGAGGGACCGAGCCGACUGCCUCAACGUCAUGCUGCUGCCCGGCCCGGUGGUGAAGAGCCUGAAGGAGACGGGUGUGGUGGAGCCGGAGCUGUACGAGGAGGUGACGGUGUAUUUCAGCGACAUCGUGGGCUUCACCACGCUGUGCCAGUACAGUACGCCGAUGCAGGUGGUGGACAUGCUCAACGACAUCUACAAGAGCUUCGACAGCGUCCUCGACCACCACGACGUGUACAAGGUGGAAACGAUAGGCGAUGCGUACAUGGUGGCCUCCGGACUGCCGAAGCGGAACGGGAACCGGCACGCGGUGGAUAUCUGCCGGAUGGCGCUGGACAUCCUGGCGUUCAUCGGUACCUUCCAGCUGCGCCACAUGCCUGGCAUUCCUGUGUGGAUCCGCAUCGGGGUGCAUUCAGGUCCCUGUGCAGCCGGGGUGGUGGGGAUGAAGAUGCCCAGAUAUUGUUUAUUUGGAGACACAGUUAACACAGCGUCUCGUAUGGAGUCUGCAGGACACCCCCUGAGGAUCCACGUCAGUCAGCCGACCAUCGACAUCCUGCAGAGGACCGACUGCAAGUUUGAAUAUGAGAUGAGGGGAGAAACAUACCUGAAGGGUAAAGGCACAGAGACGACGUACUGGUUAACAGGUGAAACAGGCAAAGACUAUGACCUUCCACCUCCACCCACAACGGAGAACUUCCAGCGGCUGCAGCAGGAUCUGGCCCAGAUGAUCCUGGACUGUCUGGAGCUCCGCUCUCAGGACUCCAUCCGCAGGAGGAAGACUCUGUCGGUGAGGCAGAAGAGGGCCGACAUCAGUGACCAGGAGGCGGAGAGCGAGCAGCCUGAAUAUCUCCAUCUGGCCACUGUGGAUAACACCCUGAGCACCUUCCUGUAG